CUUUGGUAACUCUCUAAUGUUUCUCGAAUACCAAGACUGUUCUGCAGGAUUUAGAAAUAAAAGUCAAGGGUUCAUAUUUUGGUUCUAAAUACUACAUUGAAGGUGAAUUUAAGGACUUUAAAAAUGACGCAAACAAAGAAAAAACAUCCGCAAAACGUAGCCACUGAAGAGGAAGAAGAAUCUUUGGAGGAAGAAUCCAGUGAAAUGGAUUCAGAUGAAGAUGAUGAAACUCCACAGGUUAAAGGAUUACCAUCUGCUGUAGAUCAGGAUGAAGACAGUGAUGAUGAUGAUGAUGAUGAUGAUGAUGAUGAUGAUGAUGAUGAUGAUGAUGAGGAGGAGGAGGAGGAGGAGGAGGAGGAGGAGGAGGUAAAGCCAGCAGCCAAAUCAAAUAAGAGAAAGAAAGAAAUUGUGACCAAAACCCCAACUCCAGCUAAAAAACAGAAAAUCUCCAAUAAUGAAGAAUUACGUGAUGAGAAUACUCUUUAUGUAUCAAAUAUUUCACCACAAGUAACAUUAAAAAAAUUCAAAAAGAUUUUCUCCGAAGCUUCCAACAUUCGAUUCCCUACAAAAUAUGAUGGAGAAUGCAAAGGGUUUGCUUUUGUGGUGUUUGCGAAAGAAGAAACUAUGGAGAAAUGUUUGUUAGAGAAACAAGAACUAGAAAUAGAUGGUAAAAAACUACAGUUAUCAGUCGCAGGGGAUACUAAAACAAUGUAUGUUAAAGGUAUCAAUCGAGCUGUCACAGAAGUUGAGUUGAAGAAAAUAUUUCCAGAAGCAUGUAGUAUCCGAUACCCUUUAACAGCCAAUGGUAAACCAAAGGGGUAUGCUUUCAUCCAGUUAAAAUCCGAAGAGGAGGUAAAGAAAACAGUUUCUAAAAAACAAGGUCUGUUUUUAAAGGGAGAUAAGCUAUUCUUGGACUCUGUCAGCAAUAGGAAGAAAGAUCCACAAACUUUCCGAGCCCAUGGUGAUAUCAAGAGAGAUGGUUAUAUUGUAUCAGAUGAACCAACUAAAACAAUCACAGUAAGAAAUCUAUCCUAUGAUUUAACAGAUGAUUUGUUAACCAAGAAAUUUGAUUGUCUUUCAUCCCGUUUAAUCACAGAUCCAGAAACAGGCAAAUCUAAAGGGAGAGCUUACUUAACAUUUAAAUCUAAGAGGGAUGCUAAAGAAGCCACAAGAUCAUUCAACACUAAAAAAUUAGAGGGACGAAUCGUGUACAUUUAUUACGCCAAGAAAACAGGUAAAUCACAUAAUACUGCUGAUGGUGACAACAAAAGUAAGAAAAAUAAACAAAAAACAAAGAAAGCUUCAGAAGAUGAUGAUGCUUAUGAAGAGGACAGUGAUUGAUAAACAAACAAAAUAUAGACUACAAUAAAAAAAAAAAAAUUCUAAAAGUGAAAAAAAUUAACUUUCAAAUAUCGAAAUUAAUGUGAAGGGUUGGCUGGGUGUGAUUUUCUCUCAGAAUGAGGUUAGGAUAUAAUGUGAUCUGUUAUUUUCUGUUGGUAAUGACUGAAGGUUAUCUCAUUUCUAUUCUCCAACAUGGAGGUCAACAUGGUGUUAGAACAAGGUUUUGUUUGGAUCAUCUAAUGUCCUACUUUUCAUGCUAAAUAAGGAAAAUGUUUGUUGGCCUUCAGUUGUCUUUGAACCCCUUUUUCUCGGUCAACCCCAGAACUGAACCUAUGAAAUGAAAUGGGGUUUUAACGUCCUACUCCUAUACGGAGCUUACGCCAUAUAGUGUACUAUGAGGGAGUGAAAUUUUGCCUGGGCAGCGGCACUACGGCCUUCUCUUAUAUCGAAUUCCAACUGCCAAGGGAUCUUUUACAUGCACACCAAUGUAUACACAGGACCUCUAGGCUAGCGAGGCAACAUUUCACCCACUUAGCCACCACCUUGGUCUCUCAAACUAUGAGCAGAUCAGAAUGACAUUAAGCCCCAUUUUAUUUCCAACUCCCCGUAAUCCUGGUAAUUAAUGUCAUUGUUUUUAUUUUUGGAAAUAAAAAUGGGUCCGGCUGCCAUUUUCUAGUGACGUGGGAUCAUCCAAGAAUCAGAAUAUUGUUUUUUUAUAUGGCGUAAAUAAUCCAGUUGUUGAUAUUAAUUUUAUCAUGAUUUAUUUUACUUGUUUGUAUUAUAACAUACAUUUAUAGAGAAUUAACAUGAAAAAAAUAUCAAAUAAAAAAAUCUAAAUGCUCUAAAUCCUUUUUCAAAGUUAAGAAUGAUCAGAUUAAAGUCUACAUGGUUUCAUAACGGUUGUAAGACAAUUGAUCACCAGUGAGAGGACUUUGUGUCUUCGUCCUCUGUUAAUCAUAACUGUAGUAAGUCAGUUGGUCAACAAUGCAAGGCCUUUAUGUCUUUUAAUAUAAUAUAUUAACAAACUGGUUCAGUCUAUGACAUGAUCUACAGAAAUUAAGUCAAUUCUUGAAAUGACAUCUAGUAGCACGGUUUAACUAUUCAUAACAAAACACAACACAAGGUAUAUAUGGAUAUAACUACUUCUAUAUUAUUUAAUAACGACGUUUCGUAACACAUACAGGUCACGUUUUCAAGUUAAACGUUAUUAUUAAAUAAUACAGAAGUAGAUAUAUCGAUAUAUACCUAGUGUUGUGUUAUAUUAUGAAUAGAAAUAGUCGUUAAACGGUGUCGACUACACCACCAAAUAAAGAAAGAUGUUGUUACACGUUGUUAAA